UCGCAGGUGAGGUGUGAUCGUUACUUUGACCAACUAGCAGCGCACCUUUGCGUGGCUGCCCGACGAUCAGAUGCGAUGGCAGCUCUACUAUGUAUAAAACCACCAGGAACAGUACCUUCCUGAUGGAUGCGCUUCACAUCCGAGUUCUUCAUCGAGAGGUCAACCCGAAAAACCCUUCACGAUGCAACUGCUCGAUUAUAUUCCUCUCCUUUCUACCAUCUUCUACAGAGGUACCCUCGACAGGCGUACCAUCCAGGGCCUUGACAUCUCCCACCACCAGAACAACCCUAACCUCACUGAUGCCCACGGUGUUGGCCUAUCCUUCGUGUACAUCAAAGCAACCGAAGGCCCUACCUACGCCGACCCCAAGUUCACCGAGCACUACCGCGCAGCGACCGACGCUUCCUUCCUCCGCGGCGGCUAUCACGUCGCACGCACCGACCUGUCCGAUGGCGCUGCACAAGCACAGUUCUUCCUGUCCAACGGUGGUGGCUGGACCGCCGACGGUAAAACCCUCCCAGGCCUCCUUUCCAUCGGCUUAGAAGAUGACUGUGCGGGCCUUACACCAAAGGAAACGCAGGAGUGGAUCCAACGGUUUGUGGAAACCUAUGAAGAAGCAACGAAGCGCUCGCCAGUGAUUGGAACAACAAAUGAGUGGUGGGUAGAGUGCACUGGCAACACGCCGAAGUUCAACGAAAAGAGCGCAUUGCUGUUGGCGAACUGGGGUGACAGUGUGGGAAUGAUCCCUGGUGGUUGGCACUUUGCGACAAUCUGGCAGUAUAAGGAAGGGGGCGCUUGGGGCGGCAACAGUAACAUAUUCAGUGGGAACGCAGACGCUUUGAGGGAACUAGCAGAUGGUUGAGAAGGCCAUGGUCUUUUGACGGGUUGCGCCUCUUCUUCGAA